ACGGGCUGGAUCCUUCGACGGCGCCUUUCCGGCAACGGGGAUGUGGGAGUAAAUCUCACCCCUCAUACGUUUGAUAGCCAGACGUCGUGCAUGACUCUAACCUUCCUGUCUGGCCCAAGAGACGGGCUGCCAAUCAAUAUGGUUAGCCGCGCUGCACAGCUACUCGAAAGCUUGCCGUCUUUACUUCUUGGGUCUUCAGUGGGGUUGCCGCCUCUCGAAACUUUCUUUUUAUUGCCAACGUUCGACGUCCAUCCACCCACCGAUCCACUGGGAUAUCGUUGUCGACAUGGAGACGAACAAUUAUAAGGAGACUAAUGACCUGGAUGUGGUCGAGAGAGGGUCAAGUCAGGGUGAAAAGGCGGGAGUUUCUCCCUCUGGUGCCCCCUCCGGAGAGCGAAGACCCGCGGCUGGUCUUGAGCGAUACAUCAAUCUAGCAGCGGUUGUUAACUUUGGGGUGAUCAUUCUUGCCUCGUGGGAAUCACUUGCCGUCACCUUCCAAUUUGCAUUAAACAAUGGCGGACCCGCCUCUAUCUUCUAUGGCUCUAUUUUGGCUGGCUUUGGUGCCUGUGCAAUUGGCUUCUCACUUGCCGAGUUGGCUUCCAUUGAUCCCACCGUUGGCGCGCAGUAUCGCUGGUCCGCCAAUCUUGCUCCUGCAGCUCCUCGCUUCUGGGGCCUGCUACAGGGAUGGGUUACCGUGGGCGCAUGGUGCUUCGCCUGUAGCGGACCUCCAUCCAUUCUGGCCAACAUGAUUACCUCCCUCGCGAUCUUUAAUAACGAAAAUUACGUACCCGAGCGAUGGCAUACUAGUCUGAUCAUGAUCGCCGUUAUGAUUGUACCCUUCUGCUUCAAUCUCUGGUUCCGCAAGCUCCUCGAUGCCUUCGAGAUGACUGGUGGUAUCCUCCAUAUUGGUCUCUUCAUCGUUUUUGUAGUUGUGUUGAUUGUCUUUGGACCGCGCAGCGAUCCUGACUUCGUCUUCAAGACUUUGAUUUGGGAGAACUCGGGAUGGAACAAUAAGGGUGUGUCAUGGGGACUUGGAUUGCUUAGCAUGACCUUCUCCGUCACUGGUGCGGAUAGUGUCUUGCAUAUGUGUGAUGAGGUCAAAAAGGUCCGCACGCGUGUGCCUCGAAGCAUCAUAUUAACUUGCACCGUCAACUCUGUCAUGAUGUUCGUCUUCGCCACUGUUCUACUUUUCUACAUGGGCCCACUGGAUAACGCCAUCGACACGCGCCUUCCGCUCCUGUGGGUUUUUCACGGUAUCACUGGUUCGAAAAUCGCAGCGAAUGUGCUCAUUUCGUUCCUUGCUGUCAUCUUCUUCUUCGCGCUAUUCAACAUCUUCGCUUCGGUCUCGCGUCUGGUGUGGGUCUUCGCUCGCGACAACGGCCUCCCUUUCUCGAGUUUCUUCGCAUACGUACACCCUACCCUCAAACUCCCAGUAAACGCCCUACUCCUCGUUGGCUCUAUUGUGACGUGCCUCUCUCUCAUCUAUAUCGCCAGCGACACCGCUUUCAACGCGCUCAUCUCCCUCCAGGCCCUCGCCCUUCACGUCUCGUAUUUCUUCCCCAUCCUCUUCAUCCUUCUCCGCAAGGUUCGCGGUCCGCCUCCACCCUAUGGACCUUUCAAGAUGGGUGCUAUCGGCGUACCGGUUAAUGUGUUCGCCCUCUGCUAUAUAGUGUACGUGGUGGUUUGGAUGCCGUUCCCGCAGUCCUUGCCGGUCACGAAAGACAAUAUGAAUUAUGCUGGGGUAAUAUUUGGUGCUGUUGUAUUGGGUGCGUUGGGGCAUUGGUUCAUUCGUGGGAGGAAGACAUUCAAGAUGCCGGUUAUUCGGUACGAGUGAUAGCUUGGGCUAGACAUGCUGUUGCCUCUAGAUAUGUCAACCCAAACGCUGGAGUACAUACUUCACUUUGGUUACGGGAAUCAUGAGUUUAAAAUAACGGUGCUCUCCUACAGGUCAACCCAAAGAUAAAUAGAGAAUCUAGACACAUUAGCUGGUACGUCCCUUUUGACGUUAGUGAUGGUAUUCUCUGACCUCUCUCCUUUAAUGUCGGCAGAUCCGUAAUUGAAGCAUGACCGGAGACGCCGUUUGUGAGACGCUGGUCUUAAAUGCAGC